CUGAUCCAUUCUCAUGCCUCCGAGGCUUAACAAGCGUCAGCUGCGAGAGCAAGAGGAACUCCAUUCCCUCCAAGAAACCGCCAAUGAAGCAUCCGAGGUCCAGUCUGAGGCCGGGUCACCUGUAGCGCCUGAAAACCCUCCCGUUGGAGGGUUCGCUGCACUAAUGGAUGAUCAUCACGAUGAUGACGAGAGCGAGGACGAGGAGGAGACCCAGAUUCGUGCAUCGAAGUCCAAGAAGAAGAAAAAGAAAAAGAAGGCCACUAGUGGUGCAACGUCAACUGCCUCCAUACCCCCUGUGAGCUCCACGCCCGAACUCGUACCCGACUCCGAAGUCGCCUCCGCUCCGUCCACACCCUCUGGUCCUUCCAAGAAGGAGCGUAAAGCCCUCAAGAAGCAAAAGGCGAAGGAGAAGCCGAAAGAAGAGCUUGAUGAAGUUGACAAGGCGCUGGCUGAGCUUUCGCUCAAGUACCCCGACCUCAAGCAGCAACUCAAGUCCUCCACUAGUCCUUCCUCAUCCCCCGCCACCGCACGCUCAUUAGCGGCGUUGCUGUCCGUCUCUGUCCAACAUCUAGACAGCGAAGCGGAGCUUCGCAAAUUCUUUGGUUCAAAGGUCAUCUCUGCAGCGAAGGGCAGCUCGUCGUCUAGUUCAACCCGUCAGUCCGCAGUGCAACGCUCCAACCUCGCACGACCAAAACCAUCCUGGUGGCCAGCCCAAUUGCGCGAGGGCCUAUCCGUUAGGCAGCUGUCAGAUGAGGAGGUUGAGGAGGGCUUGCGUCGACAUCUCCGCCAACCGCUCCAUGGGGAGAAAAUCUGGACGGUGGAGUACAGCAAGAAGUAUCGUGCGGUGACUUUUGAUUUCAUGCGCACCGUAUUGUCGGGAGAUCCGGAGGGCUUUUGGCAGGUGUUACGCAUCCUCCCGUACCAUGCGGAUACUCUGCUUCAAUUGUCUGAGUUGUACCAUCAUCGAGAAGAGCACAGCACCGCGGCCGACUAUGUAGACCGCUCCCUGUUCACGUACGAGCGUGCCUUCGUCGGUGCCUUCAACUAUACCAUUGGAUCCAACCGCCUAGACUUCGAUCGCGUCGAAAACAGGCCGUUGUUUCUUGCCUUACACCGGCAGAUCACGGAUUUGCAACGGCGUGGGUGUGUGAGGACGGCGUUCGAGUUUGCGCGACUGCUCUAUGCUCUGGAUCCGUGGACAGAUCCUCACGGGUCUCUGCUGCACCUUGACUAUCUCGCCAUCAAGACGGGCAUGACGCAAUGGCUGAUUGACCUAUGGGACCUCUUUGAGCCGGAGCUCGAGAAGGAGGCGAAAGACGGCAAAUCACCAUACGUUCGUCGUAUCAUUCCAAAUGUCCUCCCGGGCUUUGCAUACGCUCGUGCUCUUGCUCUAUUUAUCCGCGAGGAACAAUCUGACGACAGGAUGCACGAGCGUAGUACACAUGCUCUGGAGGAUGCUAUCCGCCGCUUCCCCUCUGUCGUUCCCAUACUUGCCGACAAGGCAGACAUCUCCCUUAGCGGAGAUAUACGAAGCCACCCUGCCUUUCGGAUCCAGACAGACAAUAGCAUGCUCUUAUCAGACAGUCAUGCGAUCUUCCACCUCCUCUCGCACCUGUAUGCCCAGCGCUCAGGGUCCUUCUGGAAGUCAUCGACCCGAUCAGCGUGGUUUUCCAAGACUGUCUCCAAGGCGCUCCCCUCGCUCCCCACCUCCUCCCCUGCUCCGCCCAAGUCGUUCUCGACCCGGUUCGACUCCCCAUCGCUCGCGUACUCCGUCUACCGCCACGUCCUUGUAAAUGAGCCCACGUGCCGCUCCCUCUUCCCCUUCCUCCCGCGCGCGGUGCUUGACGCGCGCCACCUCGCAUGCGACCCGCUCCCCCCGACGACGCGCGUCUCCGAGUACGACGCCGAGUUCUUCCGCGGAGUCGAGGACAUGCUCGCCGCGCGGCCGCGCUCGCGCCGGCAGGAGGCGCGCCUGCUCGAGCGGCUCGUGCCCGACGCGGCGUUCCGUGCGCAGCUCGUCGGCUUUUGGGAGGCGCACCGGGUGAUCCAGCAGCGCUUCCCUGGCGGGCUCGUGCAGUUCGCGCAGUGGGCGGGGCAGAUGCCCGAGGAGGCGCUGGAAGACUUGUUCCUCGCUUUGGGAGCGAUGGAGGAGGCUCCGCGCGAGGGCGGCAUGCCUGGCGGAAUGCCGGGCGGAGAGGUUAUGGUCGACUUUGUCGAGCCUGAGGACGUGGAGGACGGUCCUGAAGCUCCUGCUGUGCCGCCUCGCCCGGCAACAGAAGAUGGAGAUGACGAGGACGAGGACGAAGAGGAAGAGCAGGAAGUUGCGCCCCUUCCUGUGCGCUUCCUGCGUUCGGUGAUCAACCGAUUCUGGGGCGGCGGAGGUGCCGGGAACGAGGAUGACUCGGAUGAAGAAGGAAACCAGCUUCGGGAUACUGGAGGCGUCGACUGAUUCCCGAGGGAGCGCCGAGGUGAAGGCCAGACAUCGUCUGUAGCAUAGGAUACUUUACAUGUUAUAGAACAGCUUCACAUCUCGACACCAUCAUACAGAAAAAGACGCGCAGUGAGAGACGUCGUACAGCAUGUGCGCGCCGACCCACAGGUACACGUAAUUGUGUGGAUGACAGUUGCGCAUCGUGCACUAAC